CGUGCGGCGCGCGCCGCCAUCUUAUGCACCACAUGACCUCGUUGCGGUGUCCCGUGACCAGCUCACGUGAAUUUUGACAAAUUCAAACGUUUUUUUUUUCUGGUGACGAGGGAUGGACAUCUUGGAACAGCAGCUCGAACAGCAGGAUGUCAGGUAGUGUUUACGUUAAAUAUCGACCGUCUGAUAUCACGAACACCUAUCCCUUCCGCCGCGUCUCGCCCGAGGUCUCCCCAAGGUCAUCAUCACUUCGUGCACAUGUCGUGAAGGACGACGGUGGUGGCACGGGGAUCGUUAUAGAAGAAGCAGAGAUUGUGGAUUGCGAAGGAGAGCCUAUUGGAGAGGAUGAAAUGCGUUAUCAAGAAGCCUUAGCGUAUCGAGUUGUUCAAGUAAAUGGUACAACAGCCAUACAACCAACCAACGAAAUAGAGCUACCUGUGUCGCAACCAGGAAAUAAUACCGUACAGGUCUUAACAUCACCCAUAAAUGGACAGUUUUAUGUUAUUGGAAAUGCCAAUGAUGUCUUUACCACAGCGCAAGCAUCAAGAUCUUUGGUGCCAAGAGCAACCACGCUGCAAAUAGAAACCCCAAGAAAUUGCACUAGUGGCUUGAAGAAGAGAGACGACAGGCGGAGAGCGACACAUAACGAAGUCGAGCGUCGACGUAGAGAUAAAAUAAACAAUUGGAUUACAAAAUUGGGUAAAAUAAUUCCUGAUUGUAAUGCCAGUACUAACACUGCUGGCAGUGGCAGUAGUGGAGAAGGAAAAACCAACUAUGAAACUCAGAGUAAAGGAGGUAUUCUGGCAAAGGCCUGUGAAUACAUAGGGGAAUUGCGCGUAGCUAAUCAAAAUCUGGGUCAAUGUCUGCGAGAUAAUGAGAAAUUACGACAAGAGAUUACAACACUGAAACAAUUAGUCACCCAAUUAAAACGCGAGAAUCUUCAACUCAGAACGCAAAUAUCGUCCCCCACAUCGGCUACCAGUAUCGAUGUUAUACAUUUGAGCCCUUAAGCUUCCUCUUUUGUAAGUUGGUUUCUUUUUGUAAAUACUAGGAUCUUAUGAAUUGUCUUGUAUACAAAAGAUCUAAUUUUCUAUUUUCUUCUCUGGUAACUGCACUGAACUUAAUAAGGUAUUUUCAUUUUAUCGCCCAAAAUCAAAAUUGGAAUUUCUAGUUGUAUAGUCAUAACUGCACAUUUAUGAUUUCAUAUCAACAUUCUACUAUCUUAAUCUAUGGAUUAAUUUAAUAAUUUAUUAACAAUAGCAUCAAUUUCUAGUUGGUAAAUAAAACAAAAUUUUGAAUUUGUAGAAUAGUUUGCAAAAGUUUCUGGUUACAGAAAAGAUUUUUGAAAAUCGGUGUGCAUGUAUUUUAAUACAAUUUGAAAUUUUAAUAAAACAAGGAAGAAUAAUUUUCGUUGUAUUACAUAUAUAUAAUUAUUUCAUUAUAGUAUGCUGCACAAGACGUAAUGUAGAUAACGUUGUAUGUGUAAUUACUUUUUAUAUUACAUGAAAAUAUCAUUGGAAAAUCAAUUUAUUCAUAUCAAGUAAAUUAUAUAUAGAAUGCUAUAUUUAAUAUAAUAUAUUAAAUUCUAUAGAGAUUUUUCUCAGAUUUUUGGAGAUAUAUUUCUAUAUACGCUUUGUUUAAUGAUGAUAUUAGAUGAUAGAAAUCAUAAGAUUGUUACAGCCGUGUAGUUAUGACUAUUAUGUGGAAGAUUUGUCUAUGAGUAGACAUAGAAAUACCAUAUAUAGACUUAACAUGUCAAUAUAACUGGCAUACGUUGAAAUAUCGUGGCUGUGAAUAUCAAAACAUUGACAUGAAUCAUCUUUUUUUUCCGAAAAAAUGGUUCGAAAUUGUAGUGCAGAAAGACAUUUUUGUUGAUUCAUAUAUAUAUAUAUAUAUAAAGAAUCCACAGAUAUGACAAAUGAAUGAUUGUGCAGAGUUCGUUACAUAUUUUUUAUUUUUAAUACUGUUUUCAUAUAAUUAUAAGAUAGAAUAUUUCGUAGGAUAAAUCAGAAGAUUCAAAUUGUAAAAUAGAUCAAUUAUACACAUACAAGUGUAGUUACAUAGUUACACAUGUAUGUGUACAUAUGCAUAAAAUUGCAUAUGGCAAUAACAUAUUUUUUUCAAUGCAAGGCAAUUUUAUGAAAAAAAAGGUGCAUCUGAAUUAAUUUACUAAGCGUUAGAUAUCAGAAUGUAAUAUAUCGUUGAUGUACAUACCGCGGGGUUUUAUUGUUAUAUAAUAAUUAUUAUUAUUAAAACGCGAAGUCUAUUGAAAGAGUAGUCUGUGAGUUUAUUCAACAAUAUUACUAUCCAUUCCCGGUAUGUUCAUGAUCCUCUUGUAUAAUUCUUGCAUAAUUCUUUUAUUGUAUUUUUUUUUUACAUAUCAUACAAUGGAAAUGAUAUCGAAGUCAAUGGAACACUAGUCAUGUGUACACAUUCUUAUUUCUCUCGUAUUUAUCUUCACUAUUGAAGAUUCCGCACCUUGAUUAUUUAUCUAAUCUAUCGGGUGUGUUCUUUUU